UAAUUCUAGAGGUAAGAAGAGGAGGAGGAGGGGUGCGGGGAUGACAGGAGGGAGUGUCGGGUGGGGAGAAGAAUGCUCUUUUUUAACUUAAUUUGCUAUUUACAAGGGCGUUACAGAUGUCCACGGUCCGGUCUCUCUGUCCCUGGGCGUUAUAAAUAGUAAAGGUUAAUUAGUUAGCUGAGAAAUUGGAUCAGGGGCGGGCAGUUAGAAUUUGAUCCAUAGACAGGUAACUCAAGCAAUCCCUAUUGUCACUGCAAUCAGACCUAUAUAAAUCCGCCUUGACAGACAGCAGUCACCACAGAGCCUUACCUCUCCUUGCUGGAUCAUCGACCAGGCGAGAUCUCCCCCUCUAAACAAGGAAUAAAAUGUCCCUCUCAGCUAUCCUUUCGGCUGAUGCCAUCGACAGUGCUAUCAAGGAGUGCCAAGCACCAGACUCCUUCUGCCCCAAGAAAUUUUUCAGCACAUGUGGCCUCACCAAGAAGUCUGCCGCAGACGUGAAGAAGGUUUUCGGGAUUUUGGACAACGAUGCCAGCGGGUUUAUUGAGGAGGAAGAGCUCAAGUUUUUCCUCCAGAGGUUUACUCCUGGGGCUCGCGUUCUGACAGACAAGGAGACCAAGGGCUUCCUGAGUGCUGCUGAUGACGACAGCGAUGGCCGCAUUGGAGCAGACGAGUUCCAGGCCAUGGUCUUGUCCUAAACAUCUGGACUCCAUCACCCCAACUCAGUCUGACCCCCUCUCAGCCUCCUACCCCUCUAUUCCACUGCUUCAAGGGCUUGUAGUUUUAGUCGAUCAUUUUCCAUCUGGUUAGAUAAAAUGUCUUAAUUCUGGGUUUUUUUUUUUGUUUUGUUUUUUGCAAGGCUCGCUUUGGUCCACACACAUUAUCUCAUCAUGUUUUUAGAUUUUUUUUCCCCCCUCAGUUUUCAUCGUUUUAGACAGACCAUAAAGCUGUAUUUCCCAAAAUAAAUGUACGAUUCAUCAAAUUACUGAGAAAA